AUGCCCAUGCCAGCCAUGUUCGCCGGAAUGCUGCCACAGACUAAGAUGGUCCUGGUAGCCAUCGCGACCCUUGCGGCUGUAACAGGCUGUUUCAUCGAGCUCCUCAAGAGACAGUUGAUCAGCUGGGUUGACAAGCAGCCUUGGCGCUCGCGAAUGAUCCCACUCCAGCGAGGCAUGAUGCACAACUUCGGCUACAGUGAGUCAGCCACUUCUGAUGAAAAGGUCGUUGUCGACUGUUACUGCUUUCUGAUUGCCAUUUGCUCCCAUCAUCUCGUGGUGAGCCUGGCCCUAACUCCUGUGGCUGUGUUGGGCUGGGACUCCGCCGGUUCCGCCGGACAGUUCUUGUUUUAUGCUGGUGCCGUGAGUGAUGUGGCGUACUCGGCUUACGACAGCGUCCAGACGACUCUCCGAACCUUUCUCCCAGUCAGCUUCAAAUGCCUGGGUGUGCAGCUACCGACGAAAUACUUCAUUGUCAUUGUUUGCUUGCAUCAUACACUCUCCAUGUUGCUGACGGUGCCGAUGAUCCUCUACUACCCUGCCAUGAGAGCACUACACGUUUUGAUGUGGUCAAUGCUCUCUGCUGCCGGCGUCGGCUAUUUGCUCGGUUGCUACAAGUUCACCCUGGACACGCAAGACUCUCGCCACGAGUUCUUGCAAUACAAGGCAAUCGUGCUUGUUCAGUUCUUGAUGAUAUGGCUCGUGAGAGGGUACGUCUGGCUGGGUCAAGCUACAUCUGCGAUGAUGGUCUUCUACAGACUUGGUGACACCUCUUUUCUGUUUCUUGGGUCAGCGGGCUUCGUUUUGAUGACACUUUUCAACGUGCUGAUGGUGAUCGAUUCGACCACAGCAGCUGUCAAGUGGCUGCCGAUGCAGAUGCACAAGCGGGGCCAGGAUACGAAGCUGGCAUGCCACGAGACACAAAAGCUCCCACUUCGAGAAUCUGUCAGCGAAAGGAAAGACCUCCCGGCUAUGGUGCAUGCAGCGGGCUUGCGGAGAGUGCACGGGGCGAGGGUGGCAUUUGCCACUCAAUGA